CACCGAAUCGGCCGGGAGAGCCGAGGGAGAAUCCGGGUGGAAGCCGAGAAAUCCAGCUCCGAUAGCAGCGCCCGGUCCCGCCCCGGCCCCCGCCCCGGGGUGCGCGCCGCACGCCAGCCGGCCGCUCGGGCCUGUGGAGCAGAUCUCCGGCCGGCACCCACGCUCCAUCACGGGAUCGAACCCCGCUCCCUCCGCCGACAUUCGGGGAGCCUUAGCCCCGGGGGCCCCACCGAGCGAGCGGCAUGCGGCACCCCCAGGCAUGCCCAGCAUCCUUCAGCCCACUGCCCAGCCCCCCCAGGAGGCCCUAACGCCCUGGGGCACUUCUGCUGUGCACAGGACCACGUGGGGGUUUGCCAUGGUGACAUAAAGGGGCGCGGAGGAAGGAAGGAGCGCAACCAGCCGCGGACUGCACCCCUGGCUGGGAGGAAGGGCUGGGGCCCGGAUCCUCCACUGCCACUGCCACUGCCCACUUCGGGCCUUGCUCGCUGAGUCUCUGUGAACUUGUUGGUCGGUGGACAACUUGGGAGUCUUCUCCUGCGUGGGGCCUUGGGGCAGCCGGGGCGGCCGGGCCCCCGGUGGCCGAGGUCUCGGGGGCCAGGAUGCCCGCCCUGGCGCGCCUCCGCAGGCUGUGUCGGCACAUGUCCCCGCAGGCUGUACUUUUCCUGCUGUUCGCCUUCUGCCUGUUCAGCGUUUUUGUCUCGGCCUACUACCUAUAUGGCUGGAAGCGGGGCCUGGAGCCCUCGGUGGACGCCCCCGAGCCUGACUGUGGGGACCCGCCACCCGUGGCCCCCAGCCGCCUGCUGCCACUCAAGCCCAUACAGGCGGCUGCCCCUUCCCGCACGGACCCGUUGGUGCUGGUGUUCGUGGAGAGCCUCUACUCCCAGCUGGGCCAGGAGGUGGUGGCCAUCCUGGAGUCUAGCCGCUUCAAGUACCGCACAGAGAUUGCACCGGGCAAGGGUGACAUGCCCACACUCACCGACAAGGGCCGCGGCCGCUUCGCCCUCAUCAUCUAUGAGAACAUCCUCAAGUACGUCAACCUGGAUGCCUGGAACAGGGAGCUGCUGGACAAGUAUUGCGUGGCCUACGGCGUGGGCAUCAUCGGCUUCUUCAAGGCCAAUGAGAACAGCCUGCUGAGCGCGCAGCUCAAAGGUUUCCCCCUGUUCCUGCACUCCAACCUGGGCCUGAAGGACUGCAGCAUCAACCCCAAGUCCCCGCUGCUGUACGUGACGCGGCCCAGCGAGGUGGAGAAGGGCGUGCUGCCCGGCGAGGACUGGACCGUAUUCCAGUCGAACCACUCCACCUACGAACCUGUGCUCCUGGCCAAGACGCGGUCGUCCGAGUCCAUCCCGCACCUGGGCGCGGAUGCCGGCCUUCACGCCGCGCUGCAUGCCACUGUGGUCCAGGACCUGGGCCUCCACGACGGAAUCCAGCGCGUGCUGUUCGGCAACAACCUCAACUUCUGGCUGCACAAGCUCAUCUUCGUCGACGCCGUGGCCUUCCUCACAGGCAAGCGCCUCUCGCUGCCUCUGGACCGCUACAUCCUGGUGGACAUUGACGACAUCUUUGUGGGCAAGGAGGGCACGCGCAUGAAGGUGGAGGACGUGAAGGCCCUAUUUGAUACGCAGAACGAACUACGGACACACAUCCCAAACUUCACUUUCAACCUGGGCUACUCAGGGAAAUUCUUCCACACAGGUACUGAUGCUGAGGACGCGGGGGACGACCUGCUGCUGUCGUACGUGAAGGAGUUUUGGUGGUUCCCCCACAUGUGGAGCCACAUGCAGCCCCACCUUUUCCACAACCAGUCCGUACUGGCUGAGCAGAUGGCCCUGAACAAGAAGUUCGCUGUCGAGCACGGCAUUCCCACAGACAUGGGGUACGCAGUGGCGCCCCACCACUCGGGCGUGUACCCUGUGCACGUGCAGCUGUACGAGGCCUGGAAGCAGGUGUGGAACAUCCGCGUGACCAGCACGGAGGAGUACCCCCACCUGAAGCCAGCCCGCUACCGCCGCGGCUUCAUCCACAACGGCAUCAUGGUCCUCCCGCGGCAGACCUGCGGCCUCUUCACACACACGAUCUUCUACAACGAGUACCCAGGCGGCUCCAGCGAGCUGGACAAGAUCAUCAACGGGGGCGAGCUCUUCCUCACAGUGCUCCUCAACCCUAUUAGCAUCUUCAUGACGCACCUGUCCAACUACGGGAACGACCGCCUGGGCCUGUACACCUUCAAGCACCUGGUGCGUUUCCUGCACUCUUGGACCAACCUCCGGCUGCAGACACUGCCCCCGGUGCAGCUGGCCCAGAAGUACUUCCAGAUCUUCUCUGAGGAGAAGGACCCGCUCUGGCAGGAUCCCUGUGAAGACAAACGCCAUAAAGACAUCUGGUCCAAGGAGAAGACGUGUGACCGCUUCCCAAAGCUCCUCAUCAUUGGCCCCCAGAAAACAGGCACCACGGCCCUCUACCUGUUCCUGGGCAUGCACCCCGACCUCAGCAGCAACUACCCCAGCUCUGAGACCUUUGAGGAGAUCCAGUUUUUUAAUGGCCACAACUAUCACAAAGGCAUCGACUGGUACAUGGAGUUCUUCCCUAUCCCCUCCAACACCACCUCUGACUUCUACUUUGAGAAAAGCGCCAACUACUUUGAUUCGGAAGUGGCUCCCCGGCGGGCGGCUGCCCUGUUACCCAAGGCCAAGGUCUUGACCAUCCUCAUCAACCCAGCAGACCGAGCCUAUUCCUGGUACCAGCCCUCAGUAGGCUCCUGGAAUGCCGUGGUGGGUAAGAAUGGUCCCGCCUCCACUGCACUUCUAGCCCGGAGGAGAAGCCAGGCAGAAAUCCAUGUUGAAUACCAGCCGAGUUACCUGCUCACCCUCCCAGCUUCGUCUGGGGACCUGCCUCUGACUCUGACACCAACAAGAGGUGGAGGCUGAUUCCAUCUUGAUGAAGCCUAGAUUCGGUGAACAGUGAUCUGGGCUCAUACUAACUGUGGCCUCCUUGCUGGGCACGGGGUGGAAGGGGGGGUGGGAAAUCAGAGAAGGAGAAGACACAGGACCUGCCAUUCUUAGUGGAGAAUGCAAAUGCUCGAUCAGGUAAGGAAGUUACGUGGAAUGCGGUUUGUGCUAGAGAGUGUGACUCCUAGUUCCUACUUGACUAUGUAAGAACUAGAAUUUUCUUUAAUUUCAAUGACCUGACUUAAUUUUUUUCUGAACAUCAUUCCACUGGGCUUACAGGAAAGCUUAGGCUCUGGUCGUUUGGGGGUUUUCCUCCCCUGCCUGCCAGUCUUCCUAGGAUUAUGCCACAGUGCCAGGGUGUGGGGCUUCCUCGUCUAGAGCCGAUCAAGGAAGGCCCCUCUAGGUCUGGCCACCCUCUGAGCCUCCUCUCUGGGGCCUCAUUGUGGCCACAGGCUGGUAGGAGGCAGGUGCAGACCCUCUUUACUCCCUGUUCCCACAGACCUUUCUCUCUCUUCUCACUCCCCAAGCCUGGGGACCCUCCUCGUCUGGUGGGCAAUCUCUCUCCUCCACUUGCUUCUCUAGGACUUUCUGUCUAUACCUCAGUAUUCUCCUUCCCUCUGGGCUUUGUCUUUGGGGGAAUAAAGGCCAUUUCUCUUUUCUGCUCUGCCAAGUGUUCCCCACCUCCUGGCAAUGAGCAGAGAUUGGCUGUCUGCUCUUAUCGGGGGAAGGAAAGAGGAAGGAGAAGGCUGUAGAGGGAAAGCGGCCCUGGCUGAAGUCCGUCCCCAUUCUGUUCUAAUGCUCCUGCUCUACCUCUUCACCUCAUUGGAGCGUCACGGCAGUUUUCUAGAGGGCAGAGGGCUUUGUGCAUGUCCCCUCGCACAGAUGAGAAGACCAAGGUUCAGCAAGCCAGGUGACUAGCUCAAGUUCAUGUGCUGCCAUUUUGAACCCAGCUCCUCGAGGUCUAAGACCCUGUUCUUUCUUCUGUCCAUGGUCGAGGCGGGAUAAGGAGAAGGGGGACUAAUUCCUACCAGGAGGAUCCAGGAAGGUGCUGGAGGGAGAGGUAGGACAGUGGCCUGCCUCAGAGGGGAGGUCAGGAGGGGGAGCUGUUAUGCACCAUUAUUGCACCUCCCCCACCCAAGCUCUGUGAUCCUCAGUGGAGGUGUAGGGGCUCUUGAGGGUUACCCCUGGUGGACAGGUUCCUGAUCUCUGGACUUGGGAAUUAUGCAGAUGCCGACUGCCCGUGGCAUUAUUUUAGGUGGUUCAAACCUGGUGUUUUCCCCUUUCCAAUUCUUUCCCAAUCCUUCUGUCUUAGACUGCUUGGGUUGCCAUAGCAAAAUAUUAUAGGUUGGGUGGAUUAAACAACAGAAUUUUUUUCUCACGGUUCUGGAGCCUAGAAGUCUAAGUCCAAGAUCAAGGUGACAGUCGGUUUGGUUCCUGGUGAGAGCUCUCUUCCUGGCUUUUAGACAGCCACCUUCUGUGUCCUCACAUGGCAGAGCAAGCAAGCAAACUUUGGUGCCUCUUCUUACAAGGGCACCAAUCCCAUCACAGGGGCCCCACCCUCAUGACUGUAUCAGGGCCUGUAGCAGACAUUUGUAUCUGCCUGGUGUUUGAGAACAUUGCUUUAUUUUUAUUGUAUUUAUGAAUGAUUACCUUUAUAUAUGACAACUGAUUCUAAUUUUCUAUUUAUGGAGACUUAUUUUGAAAUACAUUUACGUGAAUAAGAAAGAUGAUUCAAUGCAAAGAAACUUACGUUGACUUGUCACGUACAGGUGGUUUAUGCAUAUGGCAGAAAUCACAGAGGUGGUGUGAAGCAACCAGCAUUUGGAAGCUCUGAUCUAGUCCAACUCCCAUCUCUCAAAGAUGGGGAAACUAGGGCUCCCAGGGGCUAUGACUUCCCUGAAGUCACAGGGUAAUGACAGGUAGAACCAGAACUUGAACCCAGGGCUCCUGGUUCCAGCUCAGGGUCUUCUGGCUGCCUCCUGGUUUCUGUCCCACAAAAGCCUCUUCCUUUGGUCCCUCCACGUGACAUGCUGACCCUCUCUCUCCCC